CAUUAUUAACCUCCAUUUCCUCCUCGCCGCUCCGUCCCCUUCCUCUCCUCCGCCGCGCCAUGAAGGCCCUCCGACGCGCCCACCGCUUCCUCCGCCGCCUCGUCCGCCUCCUCUUCGCCCUCCUCGUCCGCCGCCGCCGCCACUACCAACCCCUCUCUCCUCCGCCGCCUCCCACGGCCUCCGCCGCAGCCGAAGACCCCCCACCUCCUCCUUCGCCCCCCGACCCCGACCGCGACGCCGACGCCGACGCCGACGCCGAUCUCGUGUCCCUGAAGAUUAGCUUGCUAGGUGAUUGUCGAAUUGGCAAAACGAGCUUCAUGAUUAAGUAUGCGGGCGGUGAUGAUGGGGAGGAGCAGAGGGGGCUACAGCUAACAGGGCUUAAUUUGAUGGAUAAGGUUUUGGUGGUGAGGGGAGUUAGGAUUGGGUUUACUAUUUGGGAUGUUGCAGGUGAUAGCCGAUUCCUGGAUCACGUCCCCAUUGCUUGCAAAGAUGCUGCGGCGAUUCUCUACAUGUUCGAUCUUACGAGCCGUUGCACGCUAAAUAAUGUUGUUGAAUGGUAUCAAAGGGGAAGAAGAUGGAAUGAGGUGAACGUUCCAAAGACGAAGAAGACGUACUGCAAGAACAAGGAAUGUCGGAAGCACACCCUCCACAAGGUCACUCAGUAUAAGAAAGGUAAAGAUAGUCUCUCCGCUCAAGGGAAGCGCCGUUACGACCGAAAGCAGUCGGGUUAUGGUGGACAAACAAAGCCCGUUUUCCACAAGAAGGCAAAAACGACCAAGAAAAUUGUGUUGAAGCUGCAAUGUCAGAGUUGCAAGCAUUACUCUCAACACGCAAUUAAGAGAUGCAAGCAUUUUGAGAUUGGUGGAGACAAGAAAGGGAAGGGUACAUCUCUUUUCUAAUUUGUUGGGCAUCUCCCAGUUUGUUACUUUAUUGCCUUUUAUUUUUCCCUUAAAUGAACAAGUAUUAAGGGAGGUUCUUUCUGAAGUAUUGAUGUCAUUUUCAAAUUUUUGUUUAAUGAAUAUUGGCACUGAUAAUGUUAGUUCCCUUCUAUUUUGUUGACAAUGGUUGGUGCAUCCUCUAAUAGACAGGAUAAAAGAAAAUUCGCUGCUUUAACCAUUUAGUUUUGUACUGCCCAGAAUUGUCGUAAGUUCAAAUAAAGAGCAUUUUUCA